AUGAGACCCUCGCAGGUCCACCUCUCCGCUGCCUCUGGCGCUCCGGUCCUGGUAAAGGUGAUUCUGCUGCAGCCGCUACUGAUGGCGCAACUCUGGGGCGCCGAGGCGCUGCUCCCCGGGAACCACAGCGCCGCCCCUGCCACUCCGUGCGCCCGUGACUCGCAGCCCUGGCAGGUCUCCCUCUUCCAUGGCCUAAAGUUUCAGUGCGCGGGCGUCCUGGUGGACCCGAGCUGGGUGCUCACGGCGGCACACUGCUGGAGGAAGAAGACACUUAUGGCUCGUGUCGGGAAUGACCACCAACUGUUUUUCCUGGAAAAGCAGCUCCGCCUCACUCACCCCCCUGUUAUCCACCCCAAGUAUCAACCCUGCUCGGGCCCCAUCUUGCCUCAUCGCUCAGACGAACAUGACAUCAUGCUGCUGAAGCUGAAAAGCCCUGUGGUCAUGAAUUCCAGGGUGUACCCCCUUCAACUGCCCUACCAGUGUGCCCAGCCUGGGCAGGCUUGCCACAGCGCUGGCUGGGGGACCACAGCCACCCGCAGAGUGAAGUACAACACGAAGUUGACCUGCUCCAGGGUCACUCUCCUGAGCUCUAAGCAGUGUGAGGUCUUCUACCCUGGUGUGAUCACCAAUAACAUGAUUUGUGCUGGGCUGGACAAUGGCCAGGACCCUUGCCAGAGCGACUCUGGUGGCCCCCUGGUGUGUGACGAGAUCCUGCAGGGCAUCCUUUCGUGGGGCAUUUACCCUUGCGGUGCUUCCCAGCACCCAGCUGUCUACACUGAGAUCUGCAAGUAUGUCCCUUGGAUCAGGAAGGUCAUUCACUCCAACUGA